AUGGAAGCCAAGGCGACGAGUGUCAAGGACCUGACGGACGCCGAGGUGUACGAGCUCGUGUACCAGCUCAAGCAGUGCAACGAGAGCGACCCGGUCGAGACGAGGCGCCUGCUGCAGGACCACCCGGAGCUGGCGCGCGCCGUCGCGCAGGCGCAACUGCGCCUCGGCAUGAUCAAGGAGCGCACGGCGUCGGCCGCGGCGCCUGCCAACACCAUCGGUGUGUCGAACGACUUGAUGGAGAAGCUGGACCCGGAGCAGCAGGAGCUGCUGGAGCAGGUGCAGAACUUGGCGCCCGAGAUCAUCCAGUCGCUGCCGCCCGUGGAGCGGCGGCAGAUCAUGGAGCUGCGCGAGGCCAUGGGGCUCCCUCCACUGUGA